ACCACGAAUUGGAAUUUGAGUAGUUAACAACGCAUUAUUGUACGUGCACAUAACCUGUAAUCAUUGAAGCUAACCAGCUUUAACUUUUGUAAACAACUUCAAAUUUAUUAUCUACAAGAGCUCUUUUGAUUUUAUUAAUAAGAUGUAUCCUUAUUUAUAAAAACUUGGAUAAAAACAUAGAUAUAGGAUAUUUUUAACAACUUAAAAAAUAAAGUUCAAUUUAAGUUUUAAAAUGGAACAGUUUCUAAUGUGGUCAAAUUUUAUAUUUAAAAAAGAAUAAAUUAUAAAUAAUUAUCAACGAUGGAUAAAUUAAAGUCACCAUCGGAUAAGGUUUUAUAUCAAGCUAUUAUGGAAAUGCAAGAGCCAGUAGUAUUUCAACAUAUGUUACAAAAUGAAAAAGGUGAAUAUUGUUGGAAAUUAUUAGAAUGGAAUUUAUCUGAACUCGCUGAAAAAUUCGGCGAUAUUAAAUUACCGUUUCGACUUGGUUAUAAUGCUAGAUCUAUGACUCCACAAUGGGAAAUAAAUUGUUCAACAGUUUCAAUCACACUAUCAUACUUUAUUCAAAAUAUGAACCUCCACGAAGAUCAUGGACAAUGGUAUUACUUUGAUUAUAAGUAUAUGCAAGAGUGGUUUAAAGAUAAACCAGAAAUAAUAAAUUCAGUAAAUUGGAAAAGGUUUGAUAUCGAUAAAACUGGCGAUGAUUCUACUCUUUGGAUUGGAAGCAAAGGAGCUCAUACAAAUUGCCAUCAGGAUUCUUAUGGUUGUAAUUUAGUUGCUCAAAUUCAUGGAAGCAAACAAUGGUUACUGUUUCCUCCAAGUUCAAGUAAUUUUCUCCAGCCAACAAGAAUUCCUUAUGAAGAAUCUACAAUAUAUAGUAAAUACAACUUUUUCUGUCCUACUAAAGAAGAUGAAAUUAAUAUAUUAAAGAUACAAGACACAGCAAGAUUAGUAACAUUAGAACCAGGAGAUGUAUUAUUUGUUCCUCCUGGUUGGUGGCACUAUGUUGAGUCACUGGAAUUAACUGUUAGUGUCAAUAUAUGGCUACCCAUAAUAACAGAUAAUGUAUCAAGAGUGAAAGAAGCUAUUGUUAAAUUAAUAGUGACCAGAAUUGGGAAAGAUGUUAAUAAUGUACCUAAUGACACUGAAUGUAUAGAUUUGCUCAACAUUGCUAUUGGGGAAUGUAAAACUAUGACAAAUGUAGAAUCAUCUUCUGAAAAGAUAAAACGUAAUAUAUGGACUGCUAAGGAUUUAGUAACAGAAUAUCCAAUUUAUGUAAAACUGCUUCGUGAACUUAGUCAUACAGAACUAAAAGAAUUUCUGGGAAUGAAGAGGGAGAGAUUCCCUGAAGUCUAUAUUGAAUCAGUGAAAGAAGAUUCUAAACCACAUAUUGAUAUCCAAAAUACUUAUGCUUCUCAAGAUUUGACUGAAAAAGUUGUUAAUGCACUUUGUCAUCCUGAUGUUGUUAAUAAAGUUUCAGAAUUACUUUUAUCAUAAUAUGUUGUAUAAUUUAUAAUAUAUAUUUUAAUAAAUUAUUUGAUAUAUUU